CCCCCCCUUCAGUCUAUCCUCCCUCCAUCUCCCCCCCUUCAGUCUUGCACAGGUGUCCCGACUCUUCCCCUUCAGUCUUGCACCGGCUCCUCCCCUUCGGUCUUACACAGGUGUACCGGCUCCUCCCCUCCAGUCUUGCACAGGUGUAUCGGCUCCUCCCCUUCAGUCUUGCACAGGUGUACCAGCUCCUCCCCUCCAGUCUUACACAGGUGUACCGGCUCCUCCCCUUCAGUCUUGCACAGUGUACUGGCUCCUCCCUUUCAGUCUUGCACUGGCUCCUCCCCUUUGGUCUUACACAGGUGUACCAGCUCCUCCCCUCCAGUCUUGCACAGGUGUACCAGCUCCUCCCCUUCAGUCUUGCACAGCUGUACUGGCUCCUCCCCA